GCAGGGCAUGUGAAAGCUCACAAUUGUCAUUGUCAUUUUCAUCCUAUAUGAUUCAUUAUUGUUCAGCCCCAACUUGCAACUGGAAACUACUAAGAAGCACACAGCCACAAAGACCAGAUCAGUUCCAAUUCCAAUUCCAAUUCCAAUUCUUUAUUUUUACUUUCUUUCACACGCAUCACAAUCUGCUUGUGUAUAUUCGUUCAAUUCAUUUGCUUUAAUCUAUCUCUACUUUCAGGCUAAUUAAAUCCAUCGGAAACUUUUACGAUGGCUGCUUAUGCAGCUGUUCUUUCUCUCAUCCACGCCGUGAGGCGGAGCCAGAUUGCUACUAGCCACGCAAAGUUUUACAGGGACCAAGUCGACCAUAUAGGGGAAAUGGGUUUUUUGCUGCAUCAUUUUCUGAAAUCCUAUUCUGAUCAUGGAGAAGAUAAUCAACGUCACUUGGAGUUGGAGAGAAACAUUGCAGAUAUUGCUCCCAAAGCAGAAGAUAUCAUCGACAAUUUGGUAAUGGAGGAAACUGUUUUUUGGUGGAGCAGGGAUUGCCUGUCAUACUUUGAGUCGCUUCUUAGAGUCCAGGAAGAUAUGAAAAUUUUAAUUGAAAAGGAUCUGGAGAUUCAAGUCCGGAGCAGAGUUCAACCUCGGUGGCUGCCUUCAUAUCAGAAACUACGCCAACACUCUCUGCCAGAUGCUUGCAAGAGACCAAUUGUGGGACUUGAGAUGGAACAAAAUUAUAUCCUCGAAAGCCUUACCAGAGGACAAUCUUCACUUCAGGUCCUUCCAAUCAUUGGGGUGAGCGGAACCGGUAAGAACACAUUGGCUCGAUCUAUCUAUGAAAGUGAUAAUGUUUUGCAUGAGUUUGACAUCAGAAUUUGGAUCACAAUGCUCCGAGAAUGCACUGUCCGAGAUCUUCUCCUGCAGAUUCCUCUUUGUAAACACCUGCAGGACCAUACCAGCAGUUUACUAACUGCGAGCCAUUUGGGAGAAAUCCUUCACAAAUAUUUAUUUGAUAAGAGAUAUCUAAUUGUAUUAGAUGACAUAAGUUGGGAAAUUUGGAAUGACAUAAGGAUUUUCUUUCCGGAUUGUUGAGGACUCCCGUUUGCGGGAUAUGUAACUAAUGGCUUAGUUUCCCUAACAAGUUCGAGCUUUUAGGUGAGACGGUCAUUAGCUUCCGACACGGAUUUUAGAAAUAUGAGUCGAAUCAUUGUAACAGCUAAGGUGUUAGCUUCCUCUCUCGAUCCUUCUCAUUGGGGGACUUUUAAAAAAAUUACUUUCAAUGCUCGAUUUUCCUGAAAGAGAUGGAAUUUAUGUCUUUCAACUCAUAGAUCGUUGGGUUGCUCAGGAUUUUGUAGAAUCAGACAAUAAUAACAAAAGUUUGGAAGAGAUUGGUGACUAUUAUUUUGAUGAUCUUGUUGAGAGGAAUCUCGUUAUGGUCCAUAGUUUGGGAUUAACCGGAAAAAGUAGAAAAUGCUAUCUUCAUGAUUCUACACGAGACAUGCUUAAGGAAUGCUCCGGAAAAGAAGCUCUUUUACAUUUUAAGAAAUCGCUGCAUUCUACAAGGCUUCCAUUAUGAGAGCAUCGCUUUGUUUUUAAAGAGAAGCAUUUUUUCUCAAGAAUUUGAUGAUGUCUUAUGUCCGUUACGAAAUACUUUCUCGGUCCCGCUUACUCUAUCUUCAUUUUUAUUUUGGUCCGUCCCACUUAUUGUUCAUU